AUGCAAUCAGACAAAAAUAAAAUGAAAAAUAAAGAUAGAAACCAAAGAAAGAUAAAUGAAGCUUUCUUCAAAUUACGUAAUUAUCAAGUCUAUCAACAAGGGAUUUUAUUAGCAUUAUUAAAUAAACAUUUUGAAAUUACCCUUCAAAUACCUACAAAACGAUCAGUUGUAACUCGUCAAUACUUCAAAAUAAAUGAACUUAGAAGAGGUAAUGAUUCAAUAAAAGUUGAAGAAUAUGUAGAACAAAGAUGUAAAGAAAAGUAUUUACAAGAUUUAUCAAAUGGUAUACCAGAAAAGACUGCAAGAAGAAGAUACGAUACAAAUAAAAUCACAGAACAACUUCAUCUUUUGAUUGAUCUUUUAACAGAAUUUGGUUAUAGCUUUGUAUCAAAAUGGACUUCAGGAAAAAAAGGUGCCCAAAUUGUUGAAACUAUCCAAAAAGUAAUAUCUCCGAAUGUAACUAUUUUAAAUAAAGAAAUUCCAGUAAUUGGAGUACAAACCAAUGAUUAUUUAACUCAUCAUUGUUUCGAUUUAAAAAAAGCUGUGAUUCAGUGUUGUGAUCGUUCUUUUCUUUCAAGUUUGUCUGUCUAA